AUGACGGAAAGUGAUGAAGUGAAUUCAUACCACGGUUCUAGUUCAUGUUGUUCUUCUCGGAUACCACCUUUAAGUGAUUCCGAACAGCGUUUAUCUGAACCGGAUGCACCAAUCCAUAAUUCCGCGAAUCUUAAUCACUUCAACAGUGAUCAUGUAAAAGUUAUCCCAUCAUUACGCACAACAAUCCCAGCUGGUUAUAAAUAUCUUCAGGUUCAAACUCUUACAAAGGAGACGAUCACACUUGCUGUACAUGUGAAAUGUCGUGUGGAGGAUGCAUAUUUAUGUUGUUGUGCAUAUCUUGGUUUUGAUGAAGAACGAUUGUUUGGUUUGGCUCUCCGAACACCUUCUGAAGGCAUUGGUGGUGACCGACCCAGAAAUGAAUUUUUUUUUUUGGAUCCAAGUCGGAAAAUAGCAAAAUAUGCUCCGAAACAGUGGAAAAUAUCGCAUGCAUGGAAUACGGUUGUUGAAAGCCGCCCCUUUUUGGCUCUUCAUCUUCGAGUACGCAUAUAUGUGGACAAAGCGUAUGUAAUUGGAUCCCCCACAACCCUCAGACAUUAUUACCUGCAGCUACGCGAAAAUCUCCUAGAUCAGUGGUCAGGUCCAAAUUCAGUUGCUGAAGAGCGCUGCUGGGAACUUGCUGCAUUAGCACUACAUGCCGAUGAAAAUGGCAAUGAUCUGUUAUCUUUCCGAGUUGAGCGAUAUUUUCCGCUUUGGGUGGUGAAUGUUCACGGUCUGGAUUUUGUAAGGCGUAACAUACCUGCUGUACGCGAAGAUCUCAAAUCACGCUCAAGUAAUGAUGCAGUAAUGGAAUAUUGCCAACAAGCUUCUCGACCACCAUUCGCGUUGAACUGUCAUUUAUAUGGACUGCGCAGGCAUAAGAUGGAUACAUUCGAUAAUGCAGUUAUUGGUAUUAGCCCAAAAGGGAUCGAGACAUCAGAUGUAGGUAAUGAUGGAGAGAGAAUUCCGCUGCGUAAGCUACAGUGGAAUAGAAUAGCAAAGUUAAGCUUUGAUAGGCGGAAAGUAACAAUAACUGGUCUGGAUGGCGUUAGCUUGUCAUUGUACACACAAUUUGAGGACAAAGCUCGCUAUUUGCUAGAAUUUUGCAAAGCUUUCCACCAAGCGACUUUGUUUAUCAACAAUCAUUCUACAUUUCGUCAGAAUCGUUCCACGAGCAUAAAUUCGCCGCUUUUCUGCAGCGAUGAUCGCUGCUUAGACGAUGCACUCUACUCUCGACGUUCACUUAAUUCACGUGCUUCCAGUAAUAGCACAUCAGGAGUUGUUUCUGACAAACUAGGAAGCGAAGCAGAUAAGGAUUGUGAGUGGACAGAUGCAUGCGGUGUCGCAUCGGAUUGUUCAUGUGAGGAAAUACAACCUUUUACGGUGGAAGAUCUAGCUGGAGAAAUGCACAAGGCAUCGAUUCACGCAACCGCUGAAGCUGUUGACAGUACCCAGGAUGAAGCAACAAGUAUAGAGAUCGAUACUGUUGGCGUGGAUCGUCCCAAUACUUCCUCGAGAAGUAAAGAAGCAAAUUCAUCAAAAAAGGUUGUUGAAACGACAGAUAAAAGGACAAUUUCCGCUUCAUGUUCCAGUUCUGUUAGAAGAAAUGCAGCAUAUGUAGAAAUAGAGGACAAAGACGUAGCGGGAAAUGCAGGUAAUGUGCUGGGACCCAUCUUGAAGAAGCAUUCGUUUAUAGACAGUGAUGCAAAUAGUGGCGCAAAUAGUAUUCUUAUGCCAAUAAUCCAAGAAAAAGUAGAUUCUUCUAGUCAAAAGGAUUAUUGCGAUGAAAUGGAAAAGACAGAAUUAACAAUGAAUGUGGUCUUGAGACAACCUCCACAGUAUAAUGAAACGUUAGAAGCUUUUCACACACAAAAUAAGCUGCAGAUUCCUUACCAUCGAUCAAAUCCAAAUUCAAACAUAAAGUCAAAAUGGAUUACUGUGACUGGUGUCACUCCUUCCGGAGCUACUGUUUCAUGUCCACUUGAAACGUCUACUGAUCUCACUUCUUCUGAACCGAAACUACAUUACCAGAUGUAUACAAGGUCGGGAUCCCCGUUAGCGUCAAUGCCCACCACUUCAUAUCAGCUGCCAACAGUAGGAUCAUCAUCACGUCCUUCACCCUCUUACACACCACCCAUUAUGCGUACGGGGGCCAGUGGUGGCUUAUUUCAAAAACGUCAUGGACAACGUGUACCCCAUUCUACAGCAGUUCGGGGAAUUAGUCGUGUACAAAGCAUGCCGGCACAUAAUUCUCAGCAUUAUGGUGAUGAUGAUGAGUUCUCAAUACCGUCGUCAACUGCAGUAACUUCAAUUAAACAUUCACAAUCAGCGCCAGGAACACGAUUUUCUGUUUAUACAAAACAACCACCUCCUUAUGAACAUGCUGUCUUACAGCAAGCACGUGCACGUUAUGCACAAAAGGGUGUAAUGAUGUGUCAAACGCAUCCCAAUAGCGCACCAAAAGAUUUCUUGUCUCAAAAACAUUUAUGUACCAGUGAUCAGGAAGAAAUGACUCUGAAUAGCCGUAUCCGUCAAUAUCCAAUGAUGAGAGCUCUGUGGCAGGAGCAUCAGCAAGGUUCUUGCGUUCAGUUAGCGACAAAUGCAAACUCAACUAUUACUCGACUUGGUGUACCAUCAGUAUCCAAUCCAAUAUUAUCCUCACUGAAUACUGUAUUGGACGAUGCCACAGCAGCUGACUCACAGUUGCAACGACCAUCUUCAUGUCAGGAACUUUCAUCAUCCGUCUUGCUUACAACAUCAUCACACCUUACCUCAACCACCCACGAUUCUCGGCCAACGGCAGUGUACGCAACACGGCCAUCCACUAGCUGGACACCAGUAUAUCAUCGAGAACUUUAUGUACCAGACCUUUCACCACCCUCCUGCUGUUAUUAUUCACCAUUUGCUGCUGGUCGAAAUCAAAUGAGUUGGAUUAUGUCACAUUCGGUGUUGGAUUUGCCACCGCCGCCGCCCUAUCCGCCACCGCGAUGUCCACCUUCACCUGCAGCAACAAAUAAUGCGCAAAUGGUUGCUUGA